AUGUCACUGUACUUCCGAAAAGUCGGUGGGGAUGCCGCCGCUGCAUGUGUCGCCACUUCCAUCGGUGGAUCCCGUCGAACCACGCUAGAACAGCAGCCUCUCCGACCUGCCCGGCCCAUGUGGCGGGGUCUAAUGGGCCUGGCCCGCACGAGCGUGAGUCUCGCACGUGUGAUCGUGGCCGAUAAGUCUGCAUUGCAAGUCGUGCGCGCGGGAGAUGAGCAUUGA